AUGGGCAUUCUUAUUUCCAAGUGCAUAAACCGAAAGCAAAGAAGUGUUGUCUUUAUAGGCACUCCAGGCUCUGGGAAGAAAGACAUUAUAAAAAUACUCAGAAAAGACAAAAAAGACACGCCUGCAUCCGAAAUGUACGAGCAGUUCACCGUCCGAGGAGGAGGAUACUCGACCGAGGUGUAUGAUGUGUCAGACGAGCAGAAGCACAUAAACUUCUGGAAAUUCUACACAGAGAACUGCCACCUUGUUGUUUUUGUGGUGAACAUCUGUACAGAGGCAAACAUUAUGCAGGCCAAGGAGGCGUUUGAGAACUUUUUCACCUCGUACGGGAUGAACAAGGAAAGCAUUGUUUUUUUGCUGAAAACCGAGCCUCUCCCCAAGGAGUCCGAGCUCUCUGAGGAGAGCAGAAGAGCGGCCGACGAAGAAGCGCAAAGAAAAACUGCAGCGUUCGUCCAGGCUUUCGCCUCUAUUUCCGGCCUGGACAAAAAGGCGCUUAGCAGGAACCUUUUGGUGAGCGAGGCAACGAAGCGCAGCCAAAUCGUGAGCUUUGUGUGCAAGAACUUUAUGCAAUAA